CACACACAAGCCAAACCUCAUCACUUGAACUACAAUGUGAAGACCUCUUUUGCAGGUGGGGCCAUCAGCCCUUUAAACCGACUCAUCACCCUACCUUUUGACGCGAGUUAUUCUCAGCCUUUAGCCCAGGAAUUUGACUGUGACAGAAAUGGAGAAGUCACAACUUUAGCUCAUGUGCGUAUGAGGAACUCAAACGCUUUGCUGGAUGUCUUGUCCAUGGCAGGCACCUCUGACCUUCACUGCUGCGGGAUGGCGUUCUGACAGAAUUCAUCUGGUACUUUUUCAACCCCAAAUAUUCUGACUGGGCAGUGUGCACCUGACAAGACUACAACAAGAGGCCUACUGGGACAAUGGCCAAGUACCACUGGCAGAGUCAAAAUGUCAAACAAAGUGGAGUGGACGACAUGGUCCUGCUGUCCAAGAUCACAGAGGAGGCCAUCGUGGAAAACCUGAAGAAAAGAUACACGGAUGAUUACAUUUUUACGUACAUUGGUCCUGUGCUGAUAUCAGUCAACCCCUUCAAACAGAUGCCUUACUUCACUGACCGAGAAAUCGAACUGUACCAAGGAGCAGCCCAGUAUGAGAAUCCACCCCAUAUCUACGCCUUGACUGACAACAGUUACAGAAACAUGUUGAUUGAUGGAGAAAAUCAAUGUGUCAUCAUCAGUGGUGAGAGCGGCGCCGGGAAGACUGUGGCUGCCAAAUACAUCAUGGGCUACAUAUCUAAAGUAUCUGGAGGAGGAGCAAAAGUUCAGCACGUAAAAGACAUUAUCCUUCAGUCCAAUCCUCUCCUAGAAGCCUUUGGUAACGCCAAAACUGUGCGCAACAACAAUUCUAGCCGCUUUGGGAAAUACUUUGAGAUUCAGUUCAGCAGAGGUGGCGAGCCGGACGGCGGCAAAAUCUCCAACUUUCUGUUAGAAAAGUCGAGGGUGGUGAGCCAGAACGACAGCGAAAGAAACUUCCACAUUUACUACCAGCUGAUGGAGGGCGCUACUGCUCAGCAGAAAGACGCCUUGGGCAUCAUGACCCCAGACUACUACUUCUACCUCAACCAGUCUGGGACCUACAAGGUGGACGGAACCAAUGACAGCAAAGACUUCCAUGAGACUAUGGAAGCCAUGCAGGUGAUUGGGAUCCCAGGUGACAUCCAAGCCCAGGUGUUGCAGAUUGUUGCAGGCAUUCUCCACCUGGGGAACAUCAGCUUCAUAGAAGCAGGGAAUUAUGGGCAGGUGGAAAGCAUGGACUUGCUCGCUUUCCCAGCAUACCUGCUGGCCAUCGACCCCAACCGUCUGCAGGAGAAGCUGACCAGCCGCAAAAUGGACUCAAAGUGGGGCGGCAAGUCCGAGUCCAUCGACGUGACGCUGAACCGAGAGCAGGCCACCUACACAAGAGACGCCCUGGCCAAAGCUCUCUAUGCACGACUCUUUGACUACCUGGUGGAGGCCAUUAAUAAAGCCAUCCAAAAACCGCAUGAAGAGUUCAGCAUCGGCGUACUCGACAUUUAUGGUUUUGAAAUAUUCCAGAGAAAUGGAUUUGAACAAUUCUGCAUCAACUUUGUCAAUGAGAAGCUGCAACAAAUCUUCAUUGAAUUGACACUGAAGGCUGAGCAGGAGGAGUACGUUCAAGAGGGCAUCAAGUGGACGCCCAUUCAAUACUUCAACAACAAGAUCGUGUGCGACCUGAUUGAAAAUAAACUGAAUCCUCCAGGUGUGAUGAGUGUGUUGGAUGAUGUGUGCGCCACCAUGCAUGCCAAAGGCGAGGGCGCAGAUGGCACGCUGCUGCAGAAACUGCAGGCCGCCGUGGGAACACACGAGCAUUUCAACAGCUGGAACUCGGGCUUCGUUAUACACCACUACGCUGGAAAGGUGUCGUAUGAUAUCAACGGCUUCUGCGAGAGAAACCGGGACGUGCUUUUCCCUGACCUUAUCGAGCUCAUGCAAAGCAGUGAAUUUGACUUCAUGCGCAGCUUGUUCCCGGAAAACCUCAACACGGACAAGAAAAGCAGGCCGACUACUGCCAGCUCCAAAAUCAAGAGACAAGCAAAUGACCUGGUGAACACGCUGAUGAAGUGCACGCCGCACUACAUCCGCUGUAUCAAGCCCAAUGAGACCAAAAGGCCCAAAGACUGGGAGGAGAGCAGGAUUAAGCAUCAAGUGGAAUACCUUGGACUUCGAGAAAAUAUCCGCGUUCGAAGGGCUGGAUUUGCAUACCGCAGGGUCUUCACUAAAUUCCUGCAAAGGUACGCCAUAUUGACUGCUGAGACAUGGCCAAGCUGGAGGGGUCCAGAGCAGCAGGGAGUCCUUCACCUCCUUCGCUCUGUUAACAUGGAGAACGACCAAUACCAGAUGGGCCACACCAAGAUCUUUGUUAAAAACCCAGAAUCGCUCUUUCUACUUGAGGAGAUGAGGGAAAGGAAGUUUGACACUUUUGCCAGGACCAUUCAGAAGGCGUGGAGAAGAUACAUCGCCAGGAGGAAGUAUGAGCAGAUGAGAGAAGAGGCUUCAGACAUCCUGUACAACUCCAAAGAACGCAGGAAAAACAGCAUCAACAGGAACUUUGUUGGAGACUACCUGGGACUAGAACAAAAACCUGAGCUGAGACAGUUCCUAGCCAAGAGGGAACGUGUUGACUUUGCAGACUCCGUCAACAAGUUUGAUCGAAGGUUCAAGUCCAUCAAGAGAGAUUUGAUCCUGACCCCGAAGGGCAUCUAUCUGAUUGGUCGAGAGAAAGUGAAAAAAGGUCCGGAGAAGGGGCAAAUAAAGGAGGUGCUGAAGCGAAAACUGGAGUUUGGGAGCAUCGAUGGUGUCUCUCUCAGUACGAGACAGGACGAUUUCUUUAUCCUGCACGAGACGCAGUAUGACAGUCUGCUGGAGUCCAACUUCAAGACCGAGUUCCUCAGCUUGUUGUCAAAACGCUACGAGGACGCGACCAAGAGGAAACUGGCAAUAUCCUUCACGGACAGACUGGAGUUCAGAGUGAAGAAGGAGGGUUGGGGCGGAGGGAGCUCCAGGGUGGUUGUGUUCCAAAAUGGAGCGGGGGACCAGGCCCAGCUCAAACCUGCAGGGAAGACCCUCACUAUCACAAUAGGGAACGGGCUACCAAAGUCUUCCAAACCAACCAGGAAGAGCGGUCCGCAGUCCCUCGGUGGAGGACGAAAUGAGAGAGCCGACAGAGCACACCAGAAUGGGGCGAACAAGAUGUCCAGAAGACCCAAACAAUCCGACAUCACAUACUCCUCCCCGCACAAACAGAGCCGGCCUCCGCAAGCGGCUCCGCCCAAACUGGGUUUUCAGAAAGCUACCAGAGUCUCAACCCAGAACCGCAACAACCAGGGGAACAUGGACUUCCUUAACGUUCCGGAUGGGGGCAUGUCAGGGAAACAGAGGAAACAGAGUAUUGGUCAGCGUCCUCCUCCUGCUCCCAAACCUCAGCCUCGGCCUCAGGGACCCCGCUGCCGGGCGCUGUAUCAGUAUGUCGGCCAGGACACCGACGAGAUCAGCUUCGAGUUCAAUGACGUGUUUGACCUGGUCAAAGAAGAUCCGUCAGGGUGGUGGACAGGCAGGAUCAGGGGGAAGGAAGGUCUCUUCCCUGGUAACUACGUGGAAAAGAUUUAAGAGGAAAGACGACUGUUGGAGACUCGAGGCAUCACUAUUCUUGUCUUUGACGGUAAAACGCCGAUUUGACCAUGUGUCAUGUUUCACCCGUGCGGUUGUCUGGCACUGUUCUGUUCAAAAGAACCUAGCAACUGGAUCUUCGGCUAAUCUCCUCCAACCCAUUGACACUUCUUUCAGCCUUCUAUGCAAUAAAGCUUAAGUUACAGCCCAUAGAGAAUAAUGAGUCUAAUUACUGCAUUGCAUUCUGCUGUUGCCAGUGUUUACACACGCUAAGUUGUUUGCAUUUGUCUUGUAUUCUCCCCUCAUUGGCUGUGGACAUUUCACAGAACAAACAUGUACUGUAUGUAAUUAUAUUUGCACUGUAAGAAACAUCUCUCUGGAUUCAUGCAAGCCGGUUCAAAUUUCACACAUUUUCUUUUGCCCCAUUUGUAAUGUAUUCUAGAUUUUCAGCCAAGUUUUUUAUUUUUUAAUGUAUGUGUAAUUAAAAUACAUAGUUAAUAUGGUCUGUAUCAA